UCUGCCGUACACAUAUAUUUAGAACUCCCCUAGCAUGACCUGAAGGCUUUACUGAACAGAGCAGUGUGUGAGAAACAAAAAACCACAAACUGCAUCUUCUCUUGCACCUACUGCCCCUUUCAUUUCAUUUCAUUUGUGUUUCUAUCUAUUUUAAACUGCGUGAACCGUCUUUGAGUAUUAUAAAAAAAACUCUAUAAAAGUCUUAUGCAGAAUGAUUACUAUAAAAUGCUGCUCCAUCUUCUCGUACAGGGGGUCAGACAAGCUUGGCUCUUAGCUCCUUCACUGCUCUGUCCCAUAACAAAGGCCUGUAUUCAGACUGGGAGUUAUAAUCGGAGCCAGGGCCUGCGUUUCUAUUGAGCCUCUGUGUGCUUGUUUAGACAGCGACCGACCAGAGAGCAGCACCAAGACCCUUCUGCACUACUCAUCUAAGACUGCAUGGUUUCAACCACAACCUAAAUAAUCUGAGAAGAAACGUUUGUUGCACUCCUCACAACCCUCUACACUCUCACAGAGACCAGCCAGGCAAGUCAAGAUCAGAAGAUGGCGCUGUCUGGACUGCCCCCUCCUUCCCUCCGCCUGCUCCUGUUCAUCUGUCUUUUGUCUCCGAGUCGCCCUGAAACCUCUACCUCUCCUAACCCGACCUCGGAGCCCACCACAGAGAGCCCCAACGCGAACACGACCUUUGUGACCUCCGCACCCUCCGCGGAGCAGAACACGACAGGAGCGGAGUGCCUCAUCGAUAAUCAGAUGGGUCUGAUCGCCAUCGGGUCGGCGGGGGGGCUCAUCGUGUGUCUGCUGUUCACGGUGAUCACUCUGGCCUGUCAGGUUCACCAACUGCGCAGGAGAGUGUACAUUCCGCGGAGCUCUCGUUCAAACCUGGACAUAGCCGGGAGCGCUGGGUACUGGGCCAACGCCGCCGCCGCCAUGGAGAGAGCGGGAGACGCCAGCGUGAUGAUGGACGAGAUGAAGACAGCCGAGGGAGCGGAGGAGAGGGAGGGGGAGGAGUUAGGAGAGAUCCGAGAGGAGGAGGAGGAUGAGGAGGAAGAGGAAGAGGAGGAGGGAGGAGCGGGGGUCAGUCCAGAGGAAAAGCCCCUGAUGCACACCUCCGAGUCCAGAGAGUCAGAUCUGCCCCAAGACCUGGAGAACAUACCCCUCGUGGUGUAACAGCAGAGGGCGAUAGAGAGGCUACAGCACACCUACUUAAAAGUGAUUUUGAUGAGGUUGGUAGCGCUGUCACGAUAUUAAAACUUCAAACUCGAUUUCAAUUCUAAGGAAUAGACGCGAUACUCAAUACUGAUUCUGAUACCACGAUCAUUACAAACGUUCUUUAAACCAGUGUUUCCCCAAUUUUUUUUUCUGGGGACCUAUAUUUUAAAAGUCACAAAUCUUCACGACCCAAGUCAAUAAACAUUACCCGUAAAUCACAAAAUAAAGGUGGAUUUGACCAUUAUUGAACAUUCAUGAGGAUAUUUUAUUGCUGACUGCGUGAUCUUGUCUCUGAACAAUUAGUAUUAUUCAGUAACUGAACAAGCAAUAAAAGGUCUCCAUCCAUUAGUAUCCUGAAUUGGACCAACUUUUUGCUCAUUUACCCUUCUUUUUGGACAACCAAGCUGCAUUUCUCUAGGCAGGCUGGCGUCACCUAGUGCCUCCGCUCAAUUUAAUUUCUCUCCAGCGACUAGAUCAUGAAUCAAAAUACACUAGAUGGUUCGCAAAACCCCGGAAGUGCAAGUUCGGGCACCAGCCAAUCAGUGAAGGGCCAUAUAUUCAGUGUUGUCAACGAUUCCAGAGAUCAAGGAUGUUGAUGAUGAAAGAGAAUGUUUGGUGAAUUUUAUCAAGGGGAAAGACGUUAUUGUCCUUCUUCCUACGGGAUUUGGGAAAAGCUUAAUAUACCAGUUAGCCCCAUUAGCGGCGCAUUACAUACGUCACAAUCAAAUAGCAGCGAUUGGUUAAAUGAUUAAAAAAGUACCCACCUACUGUCGAGCAAACAAAUUCUAACACUGCGAGGUCAGACGGUUUCUACAAAGUGAAACCUGCUGAUGAAUCAGGCUACCAUUUCUCAACUUUAGCUGCAGGAACACUCGUUCAGGGCAGGCAGAUAGGAUACUUUGACUCACUAGCUCCCUCGUGUGCCAGAGCUGUAUAUUGUAGAUCUAUAUGCAGAUCAUAUGUGACAAGGCGACCCAAAAAAAAAAAAUCUCCUGCGAUCCACCUG